AUGGUAAGAGUAACCUUUUAUUAUAAAGGACUCUACAGCAUUUUUAUGUGUAAAAAUGGAAUAUUUUAAGAAAUAGUAGUUGAUGAUGAUAGUCCAUGUCAUGUUUAAGGAGGUCCAAUAUUUUCAAGAGCCAAUGGAAAUAACCUUUGGAUGGUUCUUUUAGAAAAGGUUUAUGCUAAAAUAUAUGGAUCUUACAGGUAUUUUAGUGGAGAUUUUAAAAUUUUAUAGGGAGAUCAAUAUUAGAAUAUUGUUUACAAUUUAAGAAUGGCAAAGAUAGUAAUUAAUUGAAUGUACUAUAAAAUUGAAUCAGGUUUGGUAAGUUAUGCAUUAAAGGAUUUAACUGGAGCACCAUGUGAAUAUUUUAUCAGAGUAGGGAAAAUGAUAAAAGCGGCUGAUUAAUGUUGUGAUUUCAUCGAAAAAAAUAAUAAAUUAAAUUACAAUUUUGGCAGCAUCUUCAGAAAUAACUAAUUAAUAAAUUGAAUAAGAUAAUGAAGAUGGAAUAGUAACUUAGCAAAGCUAUUAAAUUUUAGAUGAAUAAAGAGUUACUGCACCAAGAUAGAAUUAUCAAGAUCAGAAAUGUAAAAAUAUAUAUAUAUAAUAAGUUUGUAUAAUUUUGGGGUAGAAAUAAUUUGACAAGAGACUGGAAUGAUAAUUCUGAGAAAUAAACAGAUGAAUUAAAAUAGAGAUUGCAAGUUUCUUAUUAAGAUAAUUGAGAUUUCUGGAUGAAAGUUAAAGAUUUUAUGAUGAGUUCGGUUAAGUUUGUGUUUGCAAAUUUUAACCAGAUUAUAUAUACACAGAUAUACCUCGGUAGGUUGAAAAAUCAGAGAUUAUUACUACAAAGGGGAUUAUAAUGAGAGUUUAUGAGUAAUCUUAUGUAUUUAUUUCUUUAACUCAAUAAGAUUUGGGCUUUUUCUAAAAAAGUCAUUAAGACUCUUUGGCUAGAUUGAUAAUAGGAUAAUUAGAUAAUAGUACAAAGGAGAUAUUAAAUUAUUCAGGUUCUGUUUAUGAUGUUGAGAGGGAUAUGGUUGUUGAAAAUGAAUUUGAACCUGGAUUUUACCUAUUAAAUGUUGAAGUAGAUUGGUCCUAGAACUAUAAUCGAUAUUUAGCAGUUUCUUGUUAUGUUUCUAAAUCAGUUUAAUUUUCUGAAUUGUAGUUUGAAUCAGGUCAAAGAAAACAAAUAAUUGAUAAUAUUUUUAAGAGCAUAUGUCAGAUGCACCAAAUUAAAAUAAAAAUGUUGAAUAAUAACACAGAUGAUAAAUAAAUUAUUUAUAGCAAACCUUUUCACAAUCCUUUUGUAUUAAAUAUCUAAAAUAUCUAUACUGCUUCUGAUACCCUCAAAAACAAAUUUUUUAAUACCUUUAAUUAAAUCAAUAAAUCAGUAAUGAAGAUUUAAAAAGAUAAUAAAAAAUUUAUGAUCCAUACUCUGACAGAAAUAAAAUAUGUUUCAGAGAGUUUUUUUAUUUAUUUUAAGGGAAAUUAUGAAAUAAAAUCAAAUUUUGAGAUUUAAAAUUGA